GUCUAUGUUUCUGUAAAAACUGUUAUAUAUUUUGUGGCAUUGUUGAAAUUUACCAUAUGUCACAGUUACAUUGGUUGUGGACAUGUACUGUAUAUAGUAUAUUUUGUCACUGUGGUUAGGAAGUGAACAGUAUUUCAGAUUGUAUUUUUAAAUAAAUUAAUGUGUUCAUGUAUUUUUUUCCAGUUGUGUUGUGUGUCAAAAUAACAAUGUUGUUUUAACAAAGCACCAGUAUUUAAAAAAUGUUGGCAGAGGACAGUGUCUCCUGCUGGGCCGACAGCUGUCCUCUGUCCUUGUCAACUUCGUUAGGUAAUUCCCUACUGAAGGGGUUGACGCACAAGUUCUCUGUCAGAUUUCCCACAUCUUUGUGGGUGAAAUGUGUCUGAUCAGGUAAAUGUGGUAAAUGUCCAGUAUACCCUGUACGUUGGACCACACAGUUCUGCCACUGAGGUUUGUAUUUUCAUUAUACAUUUGUGUGAGUGUGUCAUAAGGUUCUAUUGUAUUUGACACAGGUACAAAAAUGAAAAGAUCACAGGUUAUUUUUGUGUGUCUGCACAACAAUGUUUUUAUGAAUCACUAGAGCAACAAGGCUGCGACAGCUGUGUGAGCUUACCGAAUUGGGCAACCUGAAUUCUUGCUGGAUGGAACUGUGGACUAUAUUUAGAGGGACACAGUUAUAUUGAAGUGGCCUCAGACCUGACUGCCUAUAGUUGUCUUUGGGCACCAGCUGGAACGGUCAGUUGAACCCUGCCUCACCUUCGCUGCCUUCGUCUACAGAAAUGGAUCCCCAAAGUUUGAGAGAAGAGCUUCAUUUGUUCCAGAGCACUUUGUUACAGGACGGACUCAAAGAGCUCCUGAAUGAGAAUAAGCUGGUGGACUGCUUCCUGAAAGUUGGAGACAGAAACAUUCCCUGCCAUCGGCUCAUUCUGGCGGCAUGCAGUCCGGUUUUCCGGGAGAUUUUCUUCUCGGAAGAUGGCAAGGAAGUGGGCCAGAAUGAGGUUCCCCUGGAGAACCUGGAUCCUAAUACCAUGGAAGUGAUCGUGAAUUACAUGUACUCGGCCGAAAUAGACAUUAAUGACAAUAAUGUUCAAGACAUUCUGGCCGUGGCCAAUCGCUUCCAGAUCCCAUCGGUGUUCACGGUUUGUGUGAACUACCUGCAGAAGCAGCUGUCCAUGAAGAACUGCCUGGCCAUCUAUAGACUGGGGCUGAUGUUGAACUCGACCAGAUUAGCCAUGGCUGCUCGGGAUUACAUCACAGACCGGUUCGAGUCCAUAGUCAAGGAUGAAGAAUUCCUAGAGCUUGCUCCACCGGAACUCUUUGCCAUCAUUGGGGCAGAUGGACUGAAUGUGGAAAAGGAGGAGCUGGUGUUUGAGUCUGUCAUGAAGUGGAUCAGGAAAGACAAAGAAAAACGCAUCAAAUCCCUGCCAGAGGCCUUUGAGUGCAUUCGCUUCCGACUUCUGCCGGAGAACUUCCUCAAGGAAAAAGUGGAAAAGGACGAACUCAUCAAGUCCAAUCCUGAGCUUCUCAAGAUUCUCAAAAGUGUCAAGGAUGCCUCUGCGGGGAAACUGCCGGAGAAGAAGAAAGGAUUAGGUGAAGAAGGAGAAGAAGAAGAAAAGCUGCCUGGCCACUUGGAUGAUAAUCGCAGAUAUGGCAUGUACGCCAAAGACAUGUUGCUGAUGAUCAGUGACACAGCUGCUGUGGCUUAUGACGGCCAAGAGAAUGAAUGUUUUUUGGCUGCCUUGACUGAAAGGAUCCCACGAAACCACGUCAGCCUGACGACGAAAAAGAACGACCUGUAUGUGUUGGGCGGACUCUUUAUUGAUGAAGAAGACAAAGAGAACCCGAUGCAGUGUUACUUCUACAAGUUGGACAGUCUCACAUCGGAGUGGACUGCUCUGCCGCCGCUGCCCUCGCCCAGGUGUCUGUUCGCCAUGGGAGAGUUUGAAAAACUCAUCUUCGCUGUGGCAGGAAAGGAUUUGCAAUCCAGUGAAUCACACGACACUGUGCUGUGCUACGACACUGAAAAAAUGAAGUGGAGUGAGACGAAAAAGUUACCUGUGAAAAUCCAUGGCCACUGUGUGGUCUCAGACAUCGGGCUGGUGUACUGUAUUGGAGGCAAAUCUGAUGACAAUAAAUCGACCAACAAAAUGUAUGCGUACAACCACAAGAGGUCAGAGUGGAAGGAGGUGGCCUCCAUGAAGACCCCCAGGUCCAUGUUUGGAGCCACAGUCCACAUGGGAAAAAUUAUUGUUGCCGGAGGAGUCAAUGAAGAAGGCAUCACGGCCACAUGUGAAGCUUACGACUUUGGAACCAACAAGUGGGCUCCAUUUACAGAGUUUCCACAGGAGAGGAGUUCCAUCAACCUGGUCAGCUGCGGAGGGCUGCUGUACGCUGUCGGGGGUUUCACAAUGGUGGAGGACGAGAACAAAGAGUGUGCACCCAGUGAAGUCAUCGACAUCUGGCAAUACGACGAUGACAAGAAGCAGUGGAUAGGAAUGAUCAAAGAAAUGCGAUACGCAGCCGGUGCCUCCUGUGUGUCCAUGCGUCUGAACACAGCCAGGAUGCCCAGACUAUAAAACUGUAUAUUUUGCUGCUGUAGGAGAACCUCACUGCUCACACGAGGGUCAUGGUUGUUUCGAUUCUCUCAACAUCUCAGACACACACCUUUACCUUUUGGGUACAUUCUUCUAGUACAUUUGUCUUUUUUAACUUUUAGGGAAUCAAUCUCUCGCCUUAAGUCCCAGCUAAUGGCAUGUAGUUUUCAUCACAGCCUUUAGAAAAGUGUUUUAUGUAAAAUAAAUAAAAAAAACACGUACAUAUCAAAUAUGUUUGCCUCACAAUAAUUUGUGUUUAUGUUUAAAAAUAAGCUUUGGACACGUCAGUCGUCUGUCAUUCACACUUCAUGGAUUCAUGGUCAACUGAGAGCAAACAGUUAACCUAAUCCUCUAUGAUUUUUGGACUCUGGAAAGAAACUGGAAAAUGUUUAAUAAUAAAGCAUUACUUGAAUCUUGAAUCUUAAUUUCAGACGACUAUUUAACGCAAUCGAUUCCUGCUACAUUUGACUUAAAGAAUUUGUUGCUGUCGUACAAAUUAUAUAUGUGAUUAUAAUCUAUGGAAGAAUCAUUAACAUCUUGGUGAUAAUCCAGACAUGUACAGUAUACGAAAGACAUUUUUAAAUAAAUUAAGUGUAUCUUUGCAGAGUUAAACAGGUGACAUUACAGCAGAAUGGGCUCUUAUGAUCAUAGAGUUAGUUUUCAUUAAUGUUAAAUUAACCAUAUGGACAUCAAAAUUUUAAUUUUAUUUAAAAAAAACCUAAUCUUAUACAAAAAGGACAAUAUACACAGUCACAGGGAACCUUGUCGCUCCAUGACAAAAGUGGAGCACUUAAAUAUCAGCCACUUAGCCAUGCCAAGAUACUUAUUUUGCC